AUGAUGACCUUCGAGUUUACAUACCUUUUGGCAUUCAAGCUAUUAUUUGUGUACCGGUACCUGCGACUGGUUGUGAACCUGUUCGCUGUAUGGACGUUUCGACCCAUACCACCCCCAGAGAAUCCAACAUUGACUUCUCAGGAUGUAUCCAUCAUUAUUCCUUCUUUGUCUGGCUGUGGCGAGGAGCUGGAGGAGACCAUCCGUACCAUUCUGCUAAACGAGCCGUACCAGAUCUUCCUGGUGACAAUCGACGCCAACAAAGCCAACGCAGAGCGUAUGUUAAAUAAGAUGCCUGCAUCCCGAACGAGAAUCCAACUCCUCAGUAUCCCCAAGCCCAACAAGAGACGGCAGAUGGUUCGCGCCAUUCCGGAGGUACGGACCGAGAUAACAGUAUUCGUAGAUGACGAUGUUAGCUGGCCAAAGACAGAGCUCAAAUGGAUCCUGGCGCCGUUCGACAAGGAUCCCAUCUACGGCGGAGUAACCACAUGUCAACGAUUGAGGAGGGUGGGUGCACCACUAUUCUCGAUGCAGCGGGCAUGGGAUUUCCUGGGUGCGUUGUAUCUAGAACGUCGAAAUUUCGACUGCGCCGCUACGACGCAUAUGGAUGGCGGGAUGCCCUGUCUGUCGGGUCGGACCGUUGCGUACCGUACCAAAAUACUGCAGGACCGAGAGUUCACUCUGGGGUUCACCAACGAGGAGUGGUGGUUUGGACGCUACGAACUGAACGCCGACGACGAUAAUUUUCUCUCUCGAUGGAUGGUCACUCACGGCUGGGAGACCUACUUCCAAUACCAUCCCGAAGCUGAAAUCCAGACGACCCUCGAAGACAACCCCCAAUUCCUGAAGCAGUGUGUACGAUGGUCUCGCAGCAACUGGCGCAGUAACCUGACGACUCUGGUACAAGAGCAGGUGGUAUGGUUCCGUCAGCCGUGGAGCACCUACGCAGUGUUCUUGACAACGCUCUCACCACCAGCUUUGGUUGGCGACCUAUGUCUUCUCGCAUUCUGCUACAAAGGAACUGAAGCCUGGGAUCCCCAGCAGCGAACAUGGGCAUUCAACGCCCUGCUGCUGUGGAUGUUUGUGAGCAAGUUCAUCAAGUUGCUUGGUCACUACAUACGAUAUCCCGCCGACUUCUUGUUGCUACCCGUUUCCAUAUUCUUCGGCUACUUCCACGGCCUCAUCAAGCUCUAUGCAGCCUUCACACUCAACGUGACGACUUGGGGCACCCGUGAAGGAGCCGAUGUCAGUGAUACGGACCGCAUGCGGGAAAAACAAAAUUACGAGAUCCUCGCAUCGAACCCCAAAACCCACCCUCUCCGUCAACCACCAGCGCCACUCCAAGAGAAACUGUAA